GCGCCUCUCCCGGUAAUGUGUUGUCCUCUCCUACAACGCGCGCUGAGUCAGUCGGGUGUUAGUUGUCCUAACUGGGUAUCGAGACAACGGCACUGGCGUCCCCCAGAACGUCGCAUUGCCGUAUCACACUGUGACCAGUAUUUCUCAACCGUGCGGCCGAUUUGUCGUGGAGUUUACGAGACGCUGCAUAUCGUGAACCGAACGUAGACGGACGUAUGCGCGCAUCCACGAAAUACUACCACGCCUUAGAGUAACAGCAGUGUUAACAUUAGUGCUUAGGAUAAGGCACGUCCUGUGAAAUCGGCCUGGUUUAUUAACAAAAACAGCAAGAAGUACAUAGUGAAGUGUCGGAUGAGCUGGAAAAUUCAGGGCCCUUAUCGAAAAAUAGACGAACGUCGCAUGAGUGGACAGAACACUCUUCAGCCGUUUUAUUCAAUUCAGACUCAAUCAGAUUUAGGUCAGGGUGUAUCGAUAGGCGAUAAUCAGUUACAAGAGGCUAAUCAACAAGUGGAAACUCUAUCAGUUGACUUCAGUCAGCUUUUCAUGAUGGUGCUUACAUGAUUACGGAACAGUAGUAUCAUGUUGUUUGCCCUUCGGUUGUUCAUGUUUCAUUACUAAGGAAAUCAUAUGUGGGCUGUUUGUCGGAGCCGUUGAUACGUGAGGUCUGCUCAUCAUAAUCAGGCGUCGGGGAUGCCGUAAAAGACUGAAGAAACCGUAGCUGCCAUUGGCAAAGGCGGUUGUAAUAAGCCGUUAUCGGUACAGAUUUUUUAUACGAUUGUGACCUGCCCGCUAAAGGCAACAGAAAGCCAUGGCUCCUUCAGUCUCUUUUAAGACGCGUUCACCAAGAAAAGUUGCUAUCGGAUGUAACACGCGAAUCCUUGUCGUCUCACCUGACGCUUCCGCCGCCACCUGGAGACUCAACAAUUGUUUGAUUUCUCAGGACGAGGCGAGGAUACGGCAGCGAGUCUUAUCUGGCGGAGUCUUCGUACUUGAUGUACUCGAAGUUACUAAGCUUGAUGAGGGCAAUAUAGAGGUCACUUUAGAAAAUGACGAAGGAGAUCGAAUUUGCGAGGAAUUCCGCCUCGAACUUCUAGAAUUGUAUCCUGAAGGCUGGUGCUGUAGUUUAAUUCGUGGACUUCCGGGACAUGUACAGCUAACGCGGGGAGCAGACGCAACGCUUCGAACUCGCUUUCUAGCUAAUCCAAAACCUGAAUUCACCUGGCUACAGAACGGCGUGCCAAUCGAACAGUCACAAUCAAUGGAUGCUGAUAACUGUAAGUCAGUUAGGCCUCAUGGUGACCUCUUGGCCCUAUUAUCAGGAGACAGUAGCGAGUUGCAACUGAAGGCAAUCGGAGAAAACUCGCCUAUUACACACUUUCACAUCUGCGCGAUCGUCGAUAACGACUAUGGUUGUGACUAUCGUACGGUCGAACUGACGGUCUGGGACGCUCAUGAAAGAGUUUCCAUUGAGCAGCUGGAAAAGUUCGCAGCACAGUACGUUCUUGAGGAGCACAUCAUUGGAACCGGUCGGUUCGGAACGGUAUACACGUGCCAGGAUAAGUCGAGUGGACGUCAAGUGGCAGCGAAGAUCAUCAAAACGAUUACUUCCAGGGAAAGCCUAGCCGUUGAGCGUGAAGUUGAAGUGCUCAAUCGAUUCCGCAUGCACCCCAAGUUACUCACCCUCCUCGGGGUGUAUCGGGGGCCAAAGGAAAUGAUUCUUGUUACCGAAUUCGUGGCCGGCGGCGAACUGUUUGAAAGGGUGGUAGCCGAAGAAUUUUGCUUGACAGAGCAGGACUGCGUGCAAUUCUUACGGCAAAUUCUUGAUGCUAUGGAUUUCGUGCACGUACAAAACGUAUUACAUCUAGAUUUGAAGCCUGAGAACAUCCUUUGCACUGACGCUAGCGGAUAUAACAUCAAAAUUAUCGAUUUUGGCCUUGCUCAACAUUAUGAUCCGUCUGGAGAUUUGAGAAUUCUCUUCGGAACGCCAGAGUUCGUUGCUCCGGAAGUGAUUAGCUAUGAGCCCGUUUCACCUAAGAGCGACAUGUGGAGUAUAGGUGUUAUUACGUAUGUCCUUCUAUCGGGUCUAUCGCCUUUUAUGGGCGACACGGAUGAUCAGACGUUCCAAAACGUUAUUAGUGUGGAUUACGAGUUUGACGCGGAUGCGUUCGAAGACAUUUCGUCUGAGGCAGUAGCGUUCGUGAAGCGUCUCCUCGUUAAAGAACCCACCCUUCGACCGAGUUGUGAAGAAUGCCUGUUAGAUCCGUGGCUUAGUGGAGACAUCGACAAUCCAUCGCGAAAAAAGAUCCUCAUAAAUACCAAAAAAUUAAAAUCGUUUGUUGUGCGCCGUAAAUGGCUGAAAGGAGCUAACGUCAUCUGUGCAUUAAAUCGACUCGGGGUCUUUCGCUCGAGUAAUGAAAAAGACAAAUUGCUUUGCGUCGAGCUCCCGAAUGACAGGGAAUAAAUCUUUACUUAUAGUUCUUUAGUCUGGUGCAAGAAUAGCCAAGAAUGAUAGAUGACAAUCAUUUUGUCCUUAUAAACGGUUCGAAUGCUGUAUAUGAUUUUCUUCUAACUAA